CUACCCUUCGUCUCCGCCGCGCGGCAGGUUAGGUUGCUAUCGUCAGCCGAGGUUUGUGUGAAGCGCUCGGGGCCCCGUUUAGACAGGAUGAGCGACCAGGAGCCCACAAGCGAGGAUAUGUCGGCCGUGAAGUCCGAGAACCGGUCCGGGUCAGGAGGAGGAUACGUGCAGAAGGGGCAGGACUCUCAGCCCUCCCCUUUGGCCUUAUUGGCGGCCACAUGUAGUAGAAUUGAGCCUCCUGAGAAUGGCGGAGGAGGAGGACAGCAGCAGGGCACAGCGGAGCUGGAUCUAAGUACCGCACAACUCCAACAGACGGCAAAUGGCUGGCAGAUUAUAUCUGCUCCAUCCAAGGACCAGACUGGAGGGGAUGCUUCAUCCAAGAACCGUCCGAUAGCUCCCGGGCAGUUUGUGGUCGCGGCUUCCCCAAAUGUGCAAAAUCAACAGGUGUUGGCCAGCCUUCAGGGUGUGAUGCCUAAUAUUCAGUACCAAGUAAUACCACAGUUCCAAACAGUGGAUGGACAGCAGCUCCAGUUUACUACUGCUCCUGCUCAGGUCAAUGUUCAGCAGGAUGCUUCUGGCCAGUUGCAGAUUAUCCCAGCUACUAACCAGCAAAUCAUCACCACUAACCGCACCGGAGCGGGGAACAUACUUGCAGCGAUGCCUAACUUACUGCAGCAAGCUGUCCCAAUUCAAGGCAUGGGGCUAGCCAAUAACGUCCUCUCAGGGCAGACACAAUACUUAACCAAUGUCCCUCUUGCUCUUAAUGGUAAUAUUACCCUGCUUCCAGUGAAUGCAUCAUCCCUGGCACCAACAUCACAAUCCAUGACUAUAAGUGGGGGUUCUCAGGAGAAUGGCUCUCAGCCAGUUACUUCUGUGGCCAUGAGCUCAUCUGGUCAGCUGGUCACUUCUCAGGCCAAUACCUUUUUUACCAAUGCAAAUAGUUUCUCCACCAACACCACCGCUAGUAAUAUGGGGCUCAUGCAUUGCAGUAGUGGGAGCAACACACCUGGGACCAAUGUUCAGAUACAGUCUUCUCAGAGGUCAAGUGGCCAGCUGAGCUUGCUCGGUGACCCACAGCAAGGUAGUGGCACAAUGCAGCAAGGUCAGCAGAAAGAAGGGGACCACCAACAACAACAGCAGCAGCAGCAGCAAAUCCUCAUUCAGCCACAGAUACUACAAGGUGGUCAGACCAUCCAGACUCUGCAGGCAGCUCAAUUGUCUGGACAGACCUUCAGUACACAGGCGAUCUCGCAAGAUGCCCUACAGAAUCUUCAGAUUCAGACUAUGCCCAACACUGGACCAAUCAUUAUACGUACACCCACUGUUGGACCCAAUGGGCAAGUAACAUGGCAAACAAUCCAGCUACAGAACCUUCAGGUCCAAAAUCCCCAAACUCAGACAAUCACUCUUGCGCCUAUGCAAGGGGUGUCAUUGGGGCAAACUGGCAGCACCCAAACCCUCACCACCAUGCCUGCUGGCACAGUAACAGUCAAUGCCGCUCAACUCUCUUCCAUGCCCGGCCUCCAGACAAUUAACUUGGGAGCCCUGGGAGCAUCUGGCAUUCAAGUGCACCAGCUUCAAGGAGUUCCUCUAACCAUCACCAAUGCAUCUGGCGAUGGCAGCACCCAUCUCAGUCUCCACACAAAUGCUGAUGGACUCCAUGAUGAUAAUUCUGCCAUGGAAGAAGGGGAAACCAGCCCAGAUCCUCAGCCACAGCCUGGGCGGCGGAUGCGCAGGGAGGCCUGUACCUGUCCGUACUGCAAAGACAGCGAGGGAAGGAGCUCAGGAGACCCUGGAAAAAAGAAGCAGCACAUCUGCCACAUUGCGGGUUGUGGCAAAGUGUACGGGAAAACGUCCCACCUGCGCGCCCACUUGCGCUGGCACACAGGAGAGCGCCCCUUUGUCUGCACAUGGAUGUUCUGCGGGAAACGUUUUACUAGGAGCGAUGAGCUGCAGAGACAUAAGCGCACUCACACGGGUGAGAAGAAGUUUAUGUGCCCCGAGUGCCCAAAGCGCUUCAUGAGGAGUGACCAUUUGUCCAAGCAUAUAAAGACACACCAGAAUAAAAAAGGCCAGGGUGGUCCUGUUGCUAUGACCACUGUACCCAUGGACACUGGGGCAGGUUCUGAUGGGAGUACUGCCUCCACACCAACCCCGCAGACCCUCAUCACCACCAAUAUGGUCGCGAUGGAAGCGAUAUCACCCGAGGGCAUCGCACGGCUGGCAAGCAGCGGCAUCAAUGUCAUGCAAGUGGCAGACCUGCAGUCGAUCAAUAUUAGCGGCAAUGGCUUCUGAGAACCAACACGGAUGCAGGACUGUAAUUUAAAGUGGGAAAUGUGUUUGGGCCAGGGAGUAGAGGGAUAUAGUAAAAUAACAGUGGGUCCAAAGGAGAAAUGGAAAGUAUAAAACUGCUCUCACAUCAGGAGGCGGGUGUGUGUGCCAAUUUGCCUUAUCUGUUGAGGAAGUUCUCUUCCGCACUGUUGCAAUUUCUUCUCUAACCUCAUCAUUGAUUAUUCUGCCAUUGGUCUCGCUGGGCUUCUAGGAUCCAUUUAAAAGACUACGACGCAGUCUGGGGCAGUGUGGACAAUGCUACAAAGCCCUCUUAGCAGUGUACUGGGUAAUAUUGUCCUCCUAGUGGUGGAUUGCAAGCGGUAUAACCGUAACUAUUGUUAAACAAAGUCGCUGUUGAGGCAAAGGGAGUGAAAAGGUUUCCACAAUUUUUUUUAUAUAUAAAUAUAUAUAAAUAAAGCUAUUUUUUCCUUUAUAUUUUCAGAAAAAAAUUAAGGUACACCCAUAGCCAUCAAGCCUUGCUAAUUCUGUUGAUAAAAUACAUUUUUCUUUUAACCGAGAUGCUAUAUAUAUGAUAUUAAAGCAUUCUAAAGAAAAAAAAAUGCCAAAAACUAUAUAUAUAUAAAUAUAAUAUAAAGUGCUUCGACCAACAGACACUUUGGUCAUUCAACCUAGCCUUAAUCUUAAAUUGUUAGCCUGUGACUUUCAUGCAUUGUUCAUCAUUUAAUAGUCUCUGAAUACAUGUAUUUAUUUCUUAUUCCUUAACGCCGUCUGUUUAACGAAGCCUUAUGUCCUACCCCCAACUUUAACCAGCAAACCCAGCUAUUCUCCUGUAUAAGUUGCGAAUUUGCGUAUAUUUCAUGUAUAGGACUAACGUGAUUGGGAUAUUAAUGUGUAUAGAUGGAGUUUUGGUGACAUUAAACAUGUUUUAGUGCUGACAUAGCAGAUUCUAAA